AUGGGGGCCUUAGUUGAAAGAAGAGGGGAGGCUGGUCAAAAGGCGUGUUGGGCGUAUGCGGUGGUGGCGAGCAUAGAAGCAGCAUACGGCAUCGCAACGAAUCAAGAGGCGCCGCAGCUGUCAGUGGAGUCGCUCUUUGCAGCCAUGGGGCUCAGCAAAGGGGACAAGUGCACCACUGGGGCCUCCCCCACAGACGCCUUUGAGAAACUUCUUACUCUGCCAAAAGGGGGACUCACCUUGGACGGCAAUCCGGGGAAGAAGUAUCCCAUCCAGGGAUUCGAGCGCGCAUCAUUCAAGGGGUAUGUGGGGCUCAUGCUGGCAGUGCAGCGGCAGCCAGAGGUGGUUCACAUCGAAGCUUCUGCCGACACGUUCGCUUCGGAUGACGGGCCGAACCAUCGACGACUUCCCCACCUGCGACCCAGGUUCAGACAAAAUGCUGCUCCCUCCCUCGCCUGCCACUCAGUUAAUGCCAGCGCCACCACCAUGACAGUCGACGGAGACAAUUGGUCAUGCAGCAAUGUGCAUCCUGUGCUAGGCGUCACACUUGCGCAGAUCAAGAGCAGCAACACAGUAAGCAGAGGGGGGAAGCAGGCAUGGGUCGUACCUUUGCCUAGAGGAACGGUGCUUCAAAUCGCAGGCACUCCCUCCAUCCCCUGCACUGCGUUCUUCUACACCCUCAAUGGCGACACGUGUCAGUCCAUUGCCUCCUCCAUUGGUCGCACAAAGAGCGACCUCAUGGCGCUCAACCCGGGCAUCUCGUGCACCCAGACCAUAAAGCCCGGCCGCUCCCUCUGUGUGGAGCACAACGCCACAUACGCCUACACGGCCCCCAAGUGUGUCAAGGCUGAGCUCUACCGCAACAACCCCGGCCUCGUCUGCUCCAACACCAUCCCUGGCUCUGCCUCUGCUGUUGGCAGCAACGGUGGCGUUCAGGUGUGCCUCAGGGCGGAGUACUGGUCGUUUGAGCUUGGAAGUGAGUCACGCGCCCCUGCUGCCCUGCGCGUCGCGCACCCCCGCUGCCACGUGCGUCACACGCCCCCGCUGCCCCGCGCGUCACGCGCCUCCCGCUGCCCCGUGCGUCACGCGCCCCCCGCUGCCACGUGCGUCACGCGCCCCUGCUGCCCCGCGUCACGCCACUGCCCUGUCGCGCGACCCCGCGCUGUCCAGCACGCCCUGAUGUGCCGCGAGACGCCGCGCGCCCUGCUCUGCCCCGCGCGCUGCCCGAACUGCCCCGUGCGCCCUGCUCUGCUGCUCGAUGCCGCGCGCCCUGCCCUGCCAUGCGCGCUGCCCGUGCUGCCCCGCGCCCUUGCUCUGCUGCGCGACGCCGCGCGGCCUGCUCUGCGACGCGUGCUUCACGCGCUGCCCCAUGCGCCCUGCUCAGCUGCGCGCCCUGCUCUACCCGCGCGCCCUGCCCUGCCCGUGCGCCCUGCCUGCCUCACGGGCCCUGCCCCGCCCUGCUAG